AUGGCGACACGGAACUUGACGCGUCAGUUCUUGCAGCUGCGGGCGCAAGAGAAGGCCAAAGUCCUGCGACGUAAGAACAUUGUGAGCCAUCGCCAUCGAGACGAGGGGAAUGCGCGCACGGAGAGCGCCGAGCAGGCGCUGACGAGUGUCGCGAUUGCCCCUGGAUGGGUAGACGUGGUGAAUGGCACGAACCGGCACGUGGCUCGCAUCAAGGAGAUGAUGGAGAGGCUGCACAAGCUGCACACGAGUCGCCUUAUGGUGCGCUUUGACGGCUCGGAGUCCAAGUACGAGCAGGAGAUUGACGACGUGACGCAGGAGAUCACGGCCGAGUUUCGCAGUGCCGAAAAGGGGCUGCGGAAGAUGGCACAGAGCGACGGGAACCGAGAGUUCUCGGCUGCUGACGUCAAGACUCGACAGAAUGUCCAGCGAGCACUUGCGACGCAGCUGCAGACACUGUCGAGCGAUUUUCGAAAGUCGCAGAAGACGUACCUUGCGCGCGUAACGCAUCAGAAAGAGGGACCUGUCGAGUUUGACUUUCUUGCUGACAACAACGUUGCACAGAAACGACGUGAUGGGGCGGAGUCGGGAUUCACACAGGCACAAGUCACGGAGGUCGAGAUUGCUGAGGAUGUGAUCGACGAGCGUGACAAGGAGAUUCAACGUAUUGCCACGUCCAUCACGGAGCUGGCGACAAUAUUUAAGGAACUCUCGGCGCUCGUCAUUGAUCAGGGCACGAUUUUGGACCGCAUUGACUACAACAUGGAGCAGGUCGUGGAGCGGACGGAGAAGGGCAUUGAAGAGCUCGAGAAGGCCGAGAAGACGCAGAAAAGUAGCCGUCCCAUGAAAUGUAUCGGUUUGCUGCUUGUCAUGAUUUUCGCCAUGACAGUGCUGCUCGUGCUUAAGCACUCGUAG